AUGUGCGUGGACUACGGCGUGGCACGUAGGCCCUUGGCCACUUGGAUACCCGCGGUGUGCGCUGUUGUUGUGGCCGUGCUGUGCUACGCGAACUCGCUGGAUGGUGAUUUCGUGCACGACGACAUGGUGGCCGUAGUCGGUAACCCUGACGUGACUGGAGAGAGUAAACGACACACGUCGUCUUCGUCGUUGUCGCUUUCGAUAAACGAUUUCUGGGGGCGACCGAUGGCGGAUCCUAGAAGCCAUAAAUCGUACCGGCCACUCACAUCGAGUCCUCCUGAGCUUCAGCGUCGUUAUUAUUCACUCGACCUCUUGCAGCCCGUCAGGUCAAGUCUUGCGCAGGAGUACAAGAAGAAGAUCUCGGCUGGCACUGGUUUUGCCCCAAGUGUUCAGGCACCGCGUGAUGGAAAAGACAAUGCAAAUGUGGAAGUUCAAGUGUCGAGCAUAGUGGGCCGCGCCGAAGCGCUGUGCUGCCUGUUCUUUCUGCUGUCUUUUCUCUGCUACCAAAGGUGCCAACUUUCCCGAGAUGUCCAAGGAGGUCUCAGAAGCUCAAACUGGCUCGCAGCUUGCUGUGUAUUUUCCGUCUGUGCGCUGCUCUCCAAAGAGCAAGGCAUCACAGUACUGCCGCUGUGCAUGGCUCUCAGAAUACGCACAUUAGUGUGUGAUUCAAUGCACCCAGAACAAGAUACUCGAUGCCAUAUUGCUCAGGGCCGGAAGUGGCUUGUCUGCAAGUACUAUAUACGAGACAUUGUCUACCGAUGCACCACGGAUUGUGAGCUUGUGACACUCGCCACACUGACGACAUUGCUGCUCUGCUUCAGGCUAUGGAUUCUACAAGGAAGCUUUCCAGAAUUCUCCGAGAUGGACAACCCUGCGUCCUUCUCGUCGAUGCGAACAACCAGGCUACUCACUUACAGCUACCUGUGCGCCUUCAACGUGUGGCUUGUGUUGUGUCCACGUACCCUCUCAUACGAUUGGCAAAUGGGCAGUAUACCUCUCGUGACAUCACUGUGUGACUCCAGGAAUUUGGCUACACUGGCCUUACUUGCUUCGCUAUUGGGUGUCAGCUGGCGGUUUUUGCUGGAAUUGAAAAGCAAAGACAGACCUGCCAGUGGGUCAAGAGGGCAGCUUUGUUACUGGAAAAAGGUUCAGCGACUCCACGAGCCUUCACUGGGACUUCUAGUGCCGCUGCUCCUGACUGUGCUGCCUUUCCUACCGGCGUCCAAUCUGUUCGUUACGGUGGGCUUCGUCGUAGCUGAAAGAGUCCUCUACAUACCCAGGUACACAAUACUUGCAUCAUAG